AUGGGCGCCGUGCGAGCCACUGGCAUCCUUGGUCCCACAUUCAUAACCUGCUCUGUGGCCGCAAUUGCAACCCUAGCUGCUUGCAAGUUGCGCUGCCUAAGUACUACUCAGGCGGCAGUCGUGGCAGUUCACAGUUCACCCGCGCAACUAUGGCCUCAGUGGGACAGAUUUGAAAUCAAGGCCAAGUCUUCCUUUGGGGGGGGGCAGUGUCUCGUCUCGACCCAAGGGGGGAAGCGUUCUGCGCCCAUCACGCCAACAUCGCAUACAUACUCUUUCCACGAGACAGAGCCCUUCGUUUUCCCUUUAAGCGCCCGGGUUGCAGAUCGAGAGCCGCCCCCAACGACCAAAACGGACAUCGUCACGGCCUCACUGUCUCGAUCGCCGUGUUGGUUUGGAAAAGGAAACUCGGACGAGAGUUGGUUGCCUAUUUGCGUCCGUUAUCGCGUCUAUCAACGGCAUGGGGACCUCGCAGACGCGCCUAUGAUCUCGCUCGAAAAUGGCACUCAACUGCAACUUCGAACACAGCCGACCUUCCCGCCGUUUCUGCGUGUUGGCCGCUUCGUUGUUCGUGUGUCUUGUCUGCAGUGUUACCUCACAGAAGACCAGAACCGCGAAGCCGUCCCUCAGCCGCAGCGAGGUGUCCUCUCACUUUUACCGGCGUAA